UGCCCUUCGCCUGGUCUGGCAAAAGAAUUUCAAUAGCUGUUGUCCGUUUCGUUAAAUAAAUAUGUCCACUACUACCGGUGGCGGAGAGUUUGGUAAUCCUCUUCGGAAGUUUAAGCUUGUGUUCUUGGGUGAGCAGAGCGUGGGGAAGACCUCGCUCAUCACCAGGUUCAUGUAUGAUAGUUUUGAUAACACCUACCAGGCCACAAUUGGUAUAGACUUUCUAUCAAAGACCAUGUACUUGGAAGAUCGCACGAUUCGGCUACAGCUGUGGGACACUGCCGGGCAGGAACGCUUCCGCAGCCUCAUCCCCAGUUACAUCCGUGACUCAGCAGCUGCUGUGGUGGUCUAUGACAUAGCAAAUCUGAAUUCCUUCCAGCAAACCUCAAAGUGGAUAGACGAUGUUAGAACAGAGAGAGGAAGUGAUGUCAUCAUCAUGCUGGUUGGCAACAAAACAGAUUUGGCUGAUAAAAGGCAAGUCUCGGUAGAGGCUGCAGAGAAGAAAGCUCGGGAGCUCAAUGUGAUGUACAUAGAGACCAGCGCCAAAGCUGGCUAUAACGUUAAACAGCUGUUCCGCCGUGUGGCUGCAGCCUUACCCGGGAUGGAUAGCACACCAGAGAAGAGCAAAGAGGACAUGAUUGACAUUAAACUGGAGAAGCCACCAGAGCUGCCAGUGACGGAGAGCAGCUGCUCAUGCUAGUGAUCACCUCAGACCCCUCCCACCACCCACCAGUCUUGCCUCCUCCUCCCCACCAACAGCUUGUCUCUCAGUGGCCACUCGCUCCACGCAUGGCCCUGUGCCAUGGGCUGGAGACUCUUCUCUCUCUCUCUCUCUCUGUCUCUGUCUCUCUCUCUCGCUCUCUCUCUCUCUCUCCCUUCCCCUCGACUCAGUGACUUUUUGAAGUAACCGUGUGGAUGUGCUAUUACUCUGUAUUAAAACAGAUUAUCGAAAGAUACAUAUAUAUUAAAAUAUAUUAAAAACAAAACAAAACAAAAAAACAAACCCAAACAGUGAAUUGAAAGCAUAGGUUAAUUAAUGAAUCGCUGAAAUUGUUCGAUUUGCUCAGAUUCUCCAUCUAUUUCAACUGCAUGGCAUAAUCUAGCACUACAGACAUGGCUCACUGCUCUCGGGUUCUGACACUUUUCUUGGAGCAUCAGUGCUGUCACACCUUGUCGUUGUAAAGUCAUUUUGUUUCAGAUGAUAUAAUUGUAAGGUCAAGGUUGUCAUGUCUUGAUGCCUUGCUUUUUGAUUUCAGUGGAGAGGCAGCAAGGGAGAACUAGAAAUCAUUAUGUAUUAAGAGACUAAAAAAAAAAAAAAAAGGAAAAAAAAUUUACUGAUUAGUUAUUUUAUUUAUGCUCUUUAUUCAUGAAACUUGGUCAGUAGUUCUUUUCUUAUGAUAUAAAACUGAUACAAAAAAAAAUCUUAAAUACUGAACAAAGGGAACACUUCUAGAUCCCAGUAGUGACGUCACCUGAACUUUAACAAACUUUACAUUGUUGUCAGUGCUAUCCUGUUUAUGGUGUGAGGGACCAGUCAGAAUGAAAGGUCCUCAGUUUCACUAAUGGGCCAAAAAUAGGACUUGGGAGUAGUUUGCUUGGAGAUGAGCUUCUACAAGCUGACCUUCCCUGUUUUAGAUCUUUAGGGGAUAGGAUGUAC